AUGCCGCAACAGCUCGCGGCAAAGGAGGCUGCCCAAUUCCGGCAAGUCCUCCGCAGCUAUGAGGAGAAGCAGUACAAGCGAGGUCUUAAGACAGCGGAUCUCAUUUUGAAAAAAGUGCCUAAGCAUGGAGAGACCAUGGCUAUGAAAGCACUGAUCCUGAAUGGGCAAGGGAAAACGGAGGAAGCGUUUGCCCUCGGAAAAGACGCACUGACUGCCGACAUGAAGUCACAUAUCUGCUGGCACGUGUACGGCAUUUUAUAUCGGGCCAAGAAGAAUUUUGAGGAGGCGGCCAAGGCCUAUAAGUUUGCGCUCAAGCUAGAACCGACUUCGGCACAAAUACAGCGUGAUCUGGCUACUUUGCAGGUCCAGAUGCGAGACUACCAGGGCUUUAUUCAGACGCGAAACUCCAUGCUGCAGGCUCGCCCGCAGAUGCGACAAAGUUGGAUAGCCCUCGCUCUGGCCCAUCACUUGGCCGGCAACCUGACCGAGGCUGAAAAUAUCAUCACAACCUUCGAGGAUACUCUCAAGACGAAACCACCCCGCUACGACCUGGAGCACUCCGAGGCUGUCAUGUACAAAAACUCCAUCAUUGCAGAGCAAGGCGAUUAUAACCGCGCUCUCCAGCAUCUCGAGACUGAUGCCAAGCGAAACCUCGACCGACUCGCUGUUCUCGAAAGCCGCGCCGAAUACCUCUUCAAACUUGAUCGCAAAGAGGAAGCUGCCAAGGCCUACCGAGCCUUGGUCGACCGCAAUUGCGAGUACGCGACGUACUACACACAGCUCAUCAAAGCCCUGGGCAUUGCAGAGAACGAUUGGGAAGCCAAAAAAGCGGUUUACGAGGAGUAUGCCACCAAGUACCCCCGUUCCGAUGCUGGCCGCAGAAUCCCCCUCGAUUUCCUCAGCGGCGACGAGUUUCGUCAAUCUGCUAGCGAGUAUCUCACUUUGAUGUUAAACAAGGGCGUCCCCUCCACCUUUGCCAAUUUAAAGCAUCUAUACUCAGACCAGUUCAAGAAAGAAACCCUUGUUAAGCUCGCCGAAGAAUAUUUACACUCUCAACUAUCCGACUCGGACAGCAAGGACAAGGGCGAAGCUGCGGCUCUUUUCUACCUAGCACAGCACCACAACUACCACAAGAGCCGUAACUUAGCCAAGGCCAUGGAAUACAUUGAAAAGGCCAUUGCAAAGGAUAGCAAGAGUGUCGAUUAUCACAUGACCAAGGCAAGAAUCCUGAAACAUAGUGGCAACCUGCAAAAGGCCGCAGACAUGAUGGACUACGCAAGAGCCCUGGACUUGAAGGAUCGCUACAUCAAUAGCAAAGCCGCCAAGUACCAGCUCCGCAACAACCAGAAUGAGAAGGCCCUCAAGACUGUUGGGUUGUUUACUCGCGCGGAUACUGUCGGUGGCCCCCUUGCCGACUUGCUGGACAUGCAAUGUAUGUGGUUCCUGACAGAAGACGGCCAAUCCUAUGCGAGACAGGGCAAUAUUGGACUCGCACUCAAGCGUUUCCACCAAAUUGCCACGAUUUUUGACGUGUGGCAGGAGGACCAGUUUGACUUCCACGCGUUUUCUCUGCGCAAAGGUCAGAUUCGUGCGUAUGUUGACAUGGUGCGUUGGGAGGAUCACGUUUUCGACCAUCCAUUUUACACCCGCGCCGCCCUCGAUGCCAUCAGCAUCUACAUACACAUGUCUGACAAAGCUGUCGUCGCUGCCGCCAACGGAAACGGCGAGGCUGAUUCUGAGGCGCUCCUGGCGCAGAAAAGGGCACUCAAGAAAGCGAAAAAGGAACAGCAACGUAUAGAGCGCGAGGCGGCCGAGAAGCAGGCCAAGCAAGACCCUAACAAAGCUGUUGGGCCCGAUGGCGAACCUAAGAAGACGGACGAGGAUCCUUUGGGCUUGGCACUGGCAGCCACCGCUGACCCGCUUGGUGCAGCGAUGAAGCUUCUGUCCCCGAUGCUGGAGGCGAGCCCCAAAAGCAUUGAAGUGCAGCUGGCUGGUUUUGAGGUGUUCUUGCGUAGAGAAAAAUACGCACUGGCUCUUCGCUGCUUGAAUGCGGCCCUCGCUCUCGAUAGCACUCAUCCUAAGCUACACUCCCAUAUCGUUGCCUUUGCCAAGACGCUCAGAACUGUAUCCGGUCUAGCGCCCAAGGUUGUCGAGGUUCUGACGGCCGAGUUCAAGCUUGUAGAUGCCGCCGCAGACCUGUCCAAGUACAACGCGGACUACAGGGCUACGCACAAAGACAGCAUCCGCCAUGUUUUGUCAUCCGUGACCGCACAGCAUGCUCUGAACGGCAACAAUGACUCCAGCGAUAAACAGCUUACGGCCUGCUUGAACCUACCCAGUACCACCUUCGACAACGCGAUCGAGGUACUGGACUCUCUGAAGAGCUGGAAUAGCAGCGAGGUGGAGGCUUUUCAAAGGGCGGCCCAGGCCAAGUUCCCUGAGGUUACCAGGCUCGCCUGA